AUGGGUACUUCAUCAAGUUAAAAUAUUUGUGGUGCUGAUUCAUUUUAAGAUGUAUAUGAAAGGAAUUAAACAGAAACUUACCUCCCUUCUAAUUUCUAUCCUUAUCAUAUUAAUCAUUUGCAAAAUUCAGAGUAUCAUCCUCGCACUUAUCGUUAGUUAGAAACAGAAUAUGAUGAUUAUAAUUAAAUUACAAGGGAAUAGCUUUAAAGAUCGAGAUCACCUGUACCUUUGAGAAAAGAAGGUCAUUAAUUUGCUUACCAAACUUACUCUUUAAAUAGCAACAUCAGUUCAAGCUCAAAUAAAAAAUAAACGACAGAAAAUAAUCUUGAUAAAACUAUGAAUUACAAUUACACUGCAACAACUAAAGAGCCACUCUCUCCUUUAAACACAAAUUCUAUGAAACACACUUACACUUCUCCAUUUUAGUACUAGUCGAAUUCUAAGUUGCAAUAAGUGAUGACGUAAAAAUAAAAUGUAAAUGAUACAGAAGAGAUGAAAGAAUAAUAGAGGCAAUUUGCAGAACGUGUUAAGAGAUUAUCAGAAAUAAUAAACUUCGCACCAGUUUUAAGAUUAACUGUCAUAGCAUCAGCUAAUUUAAAAAAAGAUCUUUAUUUAACAAUAAAUGCUUAAGGAUUAUUGAAUGGACUGAGAAAUGAAAAAGACGGAUAUGUGUUUUUUGGUUGUAAGAAAAAGGCAAAGAAAAUAUCAAAAGAUACAAAAUAAGCCUUAGUUAUAAAUGAUUUUAUAAUACCUCCUACUGAUCCAGUCCAAGCAAAGCAAUAAAGAGGCCGACACUUCCAAAUAAAAUAUGAUAUUAAAAACAAUUUCUACUCCAUAGUUGACUUAGGAGUAGGAUUUGGCGUUUUUAAAAAGGCAACUAUUCCUCAUAUAUUACGCAAUCAAGAUCUAAUUAACUUUGGACUUACACUAUGCACUAUAAAAUUUAUUACUAGAGAAAAUCCAAAUAAAAGUUUCUCAUAGAAAUAUUUCUAAAACAAAGAAGAGAUCAUUUUAAAGGCUUAAUUUUAUGGAGGCUAUUCUAAUGGAGAGGUUUAUGAAUUAGAUCCAAAAGAAUACUAAGAAGUCACUUUAGGUAGAUCUGAAAAGUGUUCUUUGUGCUUUAAAGAUAAAUUAAUAUCUAAAGUUUAAUGUUUAAUAUAAUUCAAUCCAAAUAUUGGAUGGAUUCUUAAAGAUGGCGAUGGGUCUCUUCCCUCUACAAACGGUACAUGGAUAUAUUUGUAAAAAGAAGAGUAAAUUGUAGAUGGGAUGAUUAUAAAAGCCAAUCAAACUAUGUUUUAAGCUUCUAUUCACUGA